AUGUUGUUUCUUGCUAUCUUUUUACAUGCGUCAGUACAUUUUCAGCAAUCUUCUUCAAUUAUGGCGUACAAAAAUCAAGUAGGUGGACGUGCCGAGAUCAUCAAAGUUUUUGGAGAUCAUUUGUUGAAGCCCACAACAUUUUACGAAGUGGAGAGUUACUUGAAAAUGAGCAGAUCAAUUGCGGAUAUUGCACCCGAUUGCUGUUACAUUUUCUCGUUUGGAAAGGUUAUUUCUCUCAAGAAGUGCACUGUCUGUUCUGAUCCAAUGUCCAUGAAAACAAUCAAUUUGCUCUUUUCUAAUCAAGCAUCUGGACACUACCUUCUUAUGAAAGACGAAGCCCACGCAGCGGUUUCCCCGCGGAUUCUUGACUUAAAGCUUGGCACCAGAACUCACAGUGAUUAUAUCUCGGAGGAGAAGAAGAUUAAUCAUAUCAAAAAAUCAUUAAGCACUACGACUGCUGUACUCGGACUUCGACUUAGUGGAGCAAGUUUCGGAAGAGGAGAGGUCAAGUGGACUAAGGAAGACGGCAAACGGAUGAACGCUGAAACUUUCAAAAGAGCUAUGAAACACUUCUUCGAUGUUUCUCAGCCGAAGAAAAAUGCAGCAAAACGCCAACUUCUGAAGAUCAAAGCAUCCUUGAAAUCGAAUGAAAAUACUCGAUUCUUUGGAAGUUCAUUGCUGGUCAUCAUUGAUGACGACGUCGAAAGUCCGGAAGCAUCCGUCAAAGUCAAACUCAUUGACUUUGCAAGCAUGGCUCGUUCAGAAUACAAUGCGCCACAAUACAAGGGAGCCGACGUUGGAGCUCUUCUUGGAGUUACCAAUCUACUACAGAUCUUGAACUAAAGCAUAAUCAGUUUUCUUGAACUUUUUGUUGGUUGUAAUGUUUUACUGGUUUCAAAAUUGCAUAAGUAUUUAAAUAAUUGAAGUUGGUUUCAGAGGUUAAUAAAGUACCAUAAUAUAAACUGUCUGCUGUGGAAAA